CCUUCUCCUUCUUGAACCUGACCUGGCAGCCUGGGUCAAGGUCACUCCUCCUCCACUAUUACUUCCCCCAGACUCGACCUCUCCUGUACUAGGACAUCCUCCCGCCACCCUUCAUCCCUACCUGCCUCGACUGCGCCUGUGGUUCUACCAAAGGUCGGUAGGUAAGGUAGUCAGUCAGUCUACCUGCAGUUGGUAGCUGUCUUGCUUGCCUUUUCUCUCUUGCAGCUUUAGCAACUUGACACCUCUCUUUUGCAUCCAUCUCAAAGUGCCUUUGAAUUCACUUCGUAACGACCUAUAUCUGAUUCUCUCUAGCCAAGACCAUUGAUUGUCUCUUUUCUCCGGCUCGGCUUUUAGAUCACCGCAAGUAGUUCCCUCCGGCGCUAUCGCAUCCACGCCACAUACCCACGCCUCGCUUUCCCCAGGACGCCCAGCAGCCAACACCAGCGCCAUAAUCCGUCCUCGCUCACUCGGCAACUCUAAAACCGACUUGGCUUGCGAUUUCUCAAUUUUCCCGUCUUGCGCGACUCUUUGGUCAUUUUAGAAGAUACGAAGCCAUUCGCGAAUGGUCACUUGUCCCAAUUGCGAUCGUCUUCGCUGAGUGCUGCUGCUGCUGCGCAGCUGUUGCGUGCGGGUCGGCCUUGAUAACGUCCCUCGAUCGGCUUACCCAUCAACGGCUUUCCGACUGAAUUACUUUGCUCCAACUGAAGAGAUCACGACAUCGCCAUGGCCGGCUUUUUCAACAAAAUAAAGGGUUCUGGCACUGUAUGUCUUGGACUCGCUCCCUGUUCCACUGCCCUGGACUGUCCCAACCCCAUCUCCUCUCGCUCACUCUAAGUUGCGCCAAGAUUACUUCUCAUGACUGACAAAAUCCCUCUCGCUUUCGGUUCACAGGCCACGACCACUACACCCAGCAAGCAAGAUGUUGUCGCGAAGAAGAAGGAAGAGCCCGUGCUCGACCUCACGCCGCUCGAGAAGAUGCUCCAGAAUGCAGCGCCCCUUCGAGACGACGGCGUCGAUCGCUUUUUCGGCCUCGAAAAUUUUGGGAACACAUGCUACUGUAACUCGAUCGUUCAGGCUCUGUUUUAUUCCGAAUCCUUCAGGAACAACGUUGUCAAUUACCCCCCGAUCAUGCCCUCGGAGACAAACGGCAGCCGACCAAAGGUUCCCAUCACUAUCAGACCUCCACCCACUGACCCUGUCGAGACCCUGCCGAAACAAAAGGGCCUAAGUACAUCGCAGGUGAUCAAGCAACGACAGGCCAUGAAUCAACAGUUGCCUGGACAGGUUGGCGUUCGACCUGAAGACAAACCUGAUACGCCCGAAUACAAGAAGAAACAAGCCAUGAUCAAAGGGCCUAUCCUGGAAUUGGCACGAGAGAAUGCCACUUCUUAUGGCAUGAAUGAAUGCACGUUUACUGGACUCAAGGACAUUUUCCUGGCGUUGCUGGAAAGCAACACCCACACAGGAGUCCUCAGUCCCCAACGAUUCCUCGAGAUAUUCAAGCGCGACAAUGAGAUGUUUCGAAACUCAAUGCACCAGGACGCUCAUGAGUUUUAUGGCUUGGUGCUGAAUGAUGUCAUCAACAGCGUUGAGAGCACAGCUCGCCAGAUGCAGUUGCAGGCACCAGCUGACGGCAUUGAUGGCCUGGCAACUUCAGUGGGACACGCUCUUGGAUCUGCCAUGGUAAACCAUGUAGCUGGGUCAAGUUCCCCAGCAACAGGAUGGGUCCAUGACAUUUUUGAGGGCGUUCUCACAUCAGAAACCAAGUGCUUGACUUGCGAGACUGCUUCUCAGCGCGAUGAGACAUUUCUUGAUUUGUCCAUUGAUUUGGAAGAGCAUUCAUCAGUGACAUCUUGCUUAAGGAAGUUUUCAGCCGAGGAGAUGCUCUGUGAGAGAAACAAGUUCCAUUGCGACCAUUGUGGUGGCCUUCAGGAGGCCGAGAAGCGAAUGAAGGUGAAGCGGUUACCCAAGAUCUUGACGCUCCAUUUGAAGCGGUUCAAGUAUACCGAAGAUUACAGUCGCUUGCAAAAGCUCUUUCACAGGGUCGUAUAUCCAUAUCACUUGCGGAUGUUCAACACGACAGAUAAUGCCGAAGACCCGGAUCGCCUCUAUGAGCUGUAUGCGGUAGUGGUCCACAUCGGUGGUAAUGCCUACCAUGGUCACUACGUGUCCAUCAUCAAGGUGCCGGGCAGGGGAUGGAUCCUAUUUGACGACGAGAUGGUUGAGCCGGUGGACAAGAAUUUUGUCCGCAACUUCUUCGGCGAUAAGCCAGGGAUGGCAACCGCGUACGUUUUGUUCUACCAGGAAACAACAUUCGAGAAAGUGCGAGAAGAGCAAGAAAAGGAGGGCAUGGAGGAGGUAAAACUCGCUAGCGAAGCAGCCAAUCUGGCUCAGGAGAACGGGGAAAAAUCAGAUACGGCACCUCUGAGACGGCAAGCAACGCAGCCCAUGUCGCCCCUGACGCAUCACGAGUCGAUGGCAAAUCUUGCCCAUGCCAGUACGGCACCAGCCAUGCCUUCAGCUCCCCACCCGGAUCCUUCGCCCCCAGCAGCCGCUGCAGCUGCAACAAAUGGCCUGACUCGUGUCACUACGCAGAAAGAAGAAGCCAAGUCGAAAGAGGACAAGAAACGAGAGAAGAAGGAGCGCGAAGCUGCUGAGAAGGCCGAGAAACUUGCGGAAAAGGAGCGAGAGAAACAGGCCAAGGUUGACGAGAAGAGACGAAGAGAAGACAACUACAAAGCAAUACAGGCACGACGAAAUGAGAACGAUGAACUAGCCAAAGUGCUGGAGGCUAGCAAGAAGUCUGCAGCACAAGAAGAGGAAGCAAGAAAGAAAGAAAACGGAACACCUCAGAGCAAUGGAAUACUCGACCGAACCAAACGCGGCAGCAAGUCUAUGUCGAGGAGAAGUUUCUCGCUUUUUCACAAAGACAAAUCGGCUGGGCAAACGCCUGAUACGCCUAACGGCGAUGCAGGCGAUAAACACGACAAGCUCAAGGAUCGCCUAAGCUUCAGCUUGGGACGUAAAAAGAGCACGAAUUUACUUUCGUAAUUCCAACAUGCAUGCACGUACCUAUCACGUCUACAUAUGGGAAGAGGAAACUUGAAAUAUAUUGCAUCUUUGUGGCCAGGGGGUGUUAGUGGAUGGCAGGAUACCCAUGCGCUUGGAAUGAAGCACUCACUGCAUGAGAUAAGAGCAUAAUAAGGCGACGGUGUUCCUCAAAAGCAUUCAGCAUUCGGGUCUCUGGCAUUUUGUUGUCCUUAGUCUCAGGGAAAACAGGUUUGCCAUAGCCUGCAUUAUGUGAAGGCAAGAAGGCUUAAUUACAGAAGGUACCAAGUAGAAGAUGGAACAUGCAUGCAUGGAGCAGAAGGCAAGCUUGGUUAUUACUGCUCGAACGGGGUUGCUUGGUCGAUAAAUGUUGACCGAGAGCCGAACAAGGCCACCCAUAGCGUGGCAGUUGUAUUAUACGUGGGUGUUUGGAGGUCCUGUUCGGAAGCCCUCUUGGGCUCAGACAGGCCCUUAUACAUUUAGCUAUUUGGGUAUAUUUCGAAUAAGAUAAGACGCCUAUGAGCGAACUGAGGAGA